CAUCGUCACCCAUCCCUACUACAACACCUCGCCGUCUCGGACCGGAUCGUCUGCCUCGGUAGCAACAUCUACAAGGUCAUCGCCUACCAUCUCCUCAUCGUCUGCGAUCUCAUCCCAUCCGCCUCUUGAAGCCCCGUGUUUGAAUCAAGCAGCCUCAAUAUCCACACUACGCCAUGCCUUCCCGCGGCUACUUUCACGACGUCGUCAUCGAGGAGUCGGAAGAGGACGAGGAGCUGGCUCAGGUAUCAUCGCCAGGCAAGACGCCCACUCGGCGGACACCCCGCUCAGGAUCUCUUGGCCCUACUUCGCCUACAGCAGAGCAUGGUAUCGGUGCUACCGGCAGUCCAGAGCAGCCCGCCGGAUCGUCGACCUCUGCAGGAAUAUCGGCCCUCCAUCGGCCGGGUCCAUCGGUUCUCACAGGCCUCUCACACUCCAAGCGAUCCACUUCCGAGCAAAGUGCCAUACCACCCACUGCCAGCUCAGGCAGCCCCUCGCCCUCAUCCUCGGCCGGCAGAGUCCCAGCGGCAGGCGCCGGUACCCGUACCGGACCCCGUCCCGUUCCUCGGUCCUCUUCUUCGCUGAGACACGUCUCUUCAACGCGCACCAAGACACUCUCCUUUGGCGCUCUACCAGAAGAUGGUCCUUCUAGUAGCAGCACCCACUACAAUGAUACAGGGUCGACUGUACAGCGCAGGAUCGAUGCGAACGCAAGAAGAAGGAGGGAGAUGCUCCAGCAAGAAGACUUCUGGGCUGCCGGCAGCGACGACGAAGAGCGCGAUGAUGGCAAUGCCGCUGUGAGGCCUUCCGCUUUCGAUCUGAGGAAACCUCUGCCAUUGGAGAGUCUCGACAGCGAUGAGGCCGAUUCCGAUACCAUCAUUAGACCGGCUACACGCGGUCUCAAAGGCAAAGGUGCCAACCGCAAUACAAAGGGCAGUGGAGGCACACAUCCUAUCACGGGCGCUUCUGCUCGCAACGAGCUCAAUGAUUCCACGACGGAGGACGAACAUCGCUUCGACUCUGGAGAGGAGACGUGGAGUGACGCUUGGCAGGAUGAGGUGCACGAUGAGACUCCACGAGUAGAAGAUGAGCGACCGAGACCCCCUGCGAGUCAAGAGCCAAGUGCAGAGGACAGCCUAAUACGCAAGAGUCAUCCACCCCGUUAUUUGAAUCAAGAUCCUGGCGGUCCAUCUUCGACGGGCCCGCGGAGGGCACCUUGGCAUCCUCGUGGCCCUCGUAACCAGCGCCCUGAGGCCUCUCCGCCCCUGAUGGCCCGAACGUACAGUGGUGUGCAAACACCCGGCUUCCAUUACCCAGCUGCCCUCAACACCCCCAUGGAAGAUUCUCCUGGCGGCGAUUUCCCCGAGUACGAGCCUAGACAGAGGCUCGAGUGGCAGACGAUGCUCGAGUCUGUCUUGGCUUCAGAAGUGCUCAGAAGUGAGACCAAGAGAAUCACCAGCGUCGAUGCUCCCGAUCUCAGCAGAGAGCAGCUCAUGUACAGGAGAUGGCUGGACAUUCGAGCUAGCUUGAGAGGUAGGGGUCAUCAGAAGGGCGCUGUUGAUUCAGAGGAGAAGAGGUUGAAAGAUUCAUGGCCGGAGAUGCUCAAGAGCGUCGUCCAAGAGGUCAAGGCUUGUCGCGCCGCCCAAGAGGCCGAAGAGGUCGAGGCUGCCAAGACUGCUGCUGUUGUCCAGCCAGAUUCGGAAGACGGCCGUAUCUCACCCACUGCUCCUGCUCCAAGUCACGAGCAUCACAGCAAGAAGAGGCCAGAGAUCUUCAGCGAGGAAAAGGACGAGGAGAUCUUCCAAGAAAUCGGAGACCUCCUUGUCAGAGUCGAUGCAGCAGAGUCGCAAUUCCCUUCUUCGCGAAAGGUCAAUGAGGUAUUACCAGCGUGGAAUGAGCCAGCUUUCCAGCUCAAGCUCGAGGCGCUUCGCGCUUGGCACAAUACCAAGAGUCUAUUGCGACUCCACUUGAAGAUCCUCAAGGAGUGGACAGGAAGUGAGACACUCGAGAUCGAUGUCCCGCAAAAGUCACGCAAUACGAAGAAUGACGAUGCAUUCUCACUCCUGGCCCGUGUCAAUGGCGAUGUGGAAGGCACGACUUUCGUCGAGAGGAUACUCAAGGAGGAUUCCCUGCAGUCCACCUUUGAGAACCGGACCUUGAACAAUCUGAACAAUCUAGUCAUCAAGACGAGAGAUACUAUCAAGCAGUAUCACAACUCCUUCUGCUCGAUGAAGCUCCCCUCCUUUGCUCCCGAGCUGGUGGAACUCAUCUCCUUCCCGAUGAGGCUGAUGGAAGGAGCUCUACGACUUCGCUUGGACUAUGCCGGCAAGAUCAAGGAGCCUUCAUUGCUCAUCAUCGACUCCCUCACCGACGAUCUGCGUUCGGCUUUGAACAUGGCGCUUCGAACGAAACAAAGCUACCAGAGCAUCAUGGUUCCUGACCCUUUGAAUGGCUGGGACUUGCAUCCUUCCAUUGGUCAAAGCUACGACGUGAUCUUGCGAGAUGCACUGAGGUUCUUCUUCCGCUUGAUCAGCUUCAAGCUCAAAGGAAGCAUCUUCUUCAAGGAGACGGAGAUUCUAGACAAUGAGUGGCUGUUCUUGAGCAACGCGGUGUCAGUCAUUGAAGGAGGAGACGUCAUCGUGGCCAAGAGCAUCACAAAGAUUGUCAACAAACUCUUUGCUCGGAUUUGCACCUACUUCGAGCGAGAACUCUCGGCUCCCUCGACGACUCGGGGUAAAUCUGCCAAGGUGGCCGAUAGCACUGCGACUGGACCUGCGCCUCCUGGCACAGAAGUCACCGGGCGUGGUCCUUCCCUCGCGGGCGGUCUGACAAAGGGUACCGUCCAUCUGACCUUGAGCGAAAAGGUCAAGUGGAUCCAUGCAGUCUUCGACAAUGUCCGCAUUCGCAGUCGUAAGCUUCUUGGUUUUGCUAGAGAUAUCAGGAAUCGUCUUGACAACUCGGCCGAGUACGACCUGGGAAGUUUGAGGCCGCCUUCCGAUGGUCAAACAGACAAUGUUGACGCGGGCGAGGUCGAUGGUGCUGCAGGUGCCAGUGCGGCUGCCAAAGACGCUGUCGCUCAGCAAGGAGGUAUGGACCUCAAUCGCUUUCUGCAGACGCUCAUCAAUGCCAACUACUUCUUAGUGUACACGGAAACGUACGAAGAACAAGGCAUCUACAUCAUUGCAGAGCCUAGUCUUCACGACAAGCCUGAAGUGAUCCAGGAGUUGUUGGGCAAGUGUCUCAUUAGGGUCACACUCGCACCGCGUAUACCCACUCAGGCCGACCCGGUGUACGGGACUGCCGAGGAAGUAGGCGGCACUGCGGAAGGCACCAACCCAGAGGAGGGAGAGGUGACCGCUGCUGCUGCCGCCGCUGCCGCCGCUAGGCACGAGGCCGAAGAAGAGCCACCCCGAUAUCUUCUGCUCUUGACACCUCGAGAUCCCUUCCUCUGGACUGGCCGAGUCAUGACUCACAGGAUGGAUCCCGUCGAGGUCAAUCUUGGUGAGAGACGGUUGCGUCUCAUUGCCGAUGGAUCGAAAGAGCGACUUGCAAAGUGCAAGAAGCACUUCUACAAUGUCUUUGCCACUACUUCUGAUUUGCCUCCAGACAGCACUCUGAAACCGGCGACUGGACGACCAAGAAAAGGUACCACUAGCGCCAGUGCUCCGCCUGCCGUCCCUACUCCCGCUGCUGUAGAGGAGGAGAUGAGUGUGCCCGCUGGUUUCCCUCUGGAGGUCAUCAGUGAGCACAUGGCUCACAUGGCUGACGUCCAGCAGGAGUUGCGAAGCAUCAACAAGGGUGUGUAUAUGCUAUCCAAUACGAUCCUCAAUGCUGUUCCUGGGGUGAGAAGAAACAUGCGCGGCCGGCACCUCAAGCGUAAAGGCAACAACUCCUCAAUGACGAACAAGGCUGCCAGUGAUGAGACGGACGAGUUGAUCCAGAACUGUUUCAGCAUGGCUGCAGAACAGGGCUUCCGAUCUCUACCCUUCAUCGAGUCGGCUCGUCUGAGGGGAUACAUGACCUUGGCUCUUGCACGGCAGGCCAUCGAUUGGGUCGGCUUCAUCUGCGACGACUGCAUUCCUUCGGACCGCAAGACGUUCAAGUGGGCCGUAGCUGCUCUGGAGAAUGCGGUGCAGGUGACGAGGAAUGAGAAUAUCUUCCACCUCAACGAAGACGACUUCAACUUGAUGCGGACCAAAGUCGCAAGCUGUGUCGCACUGCUCAUCUCGCACUUUGAUAUUCUUGGAGCUCGAAGCAGUGUAGCCAAGGCUAAGGAAGAAGAGCACAGGCUGACGCAGGAGAAGGCAGAUCGAGCUGCUACGGCUGCAGCGAAAGCUGCUGCUGUCGAGUCGGGGCAGGAUGCGACCGUGGUAGAGCAAAGACACGUCGUAGCUCUGAAGCUGAUCGAGGGCAUGGGCGGUGCAGGUCCUCCACCUAUGCUCAACCGAGCCGAUUCGGGAAUGGAAGCUACUGAAGAGCGAUGGGUCACCAAGAUGAUCGAAUGGGACCAGGCUCGCCAAGCUAUCGAAUCGGAGCAACGACUAAUCGGUCGCGUCCUCGACGACACGCGUCUGGAGGAUCAAGGACUGCAAUUCCUCGCUUCCUCCUCGAGUCGUAUACAGAUUCGCUGGCAACAGGGUCGCUUCAUCGGAGGCGGCACGUUCGGCACUGUGUACCUCGCUGUGAAUCUCGACUCGGGUGGUCUGAUGGCCGUCAAGGAGAUUCGCUUUCAAGACAUUUCCAGCACUCCCUCGAUGUACAAGUCCAUCAAGGACGAAAUGGACGUCAUGGAGAUGCUUAGCCAUCCGAAUAUUGUCGAGUACUAUGGUAUCGAGGUGCAUAGGGAUAAAGUCUAUAUCUUUGAGGAGUAUUGUCAGGGAGGAAGCUUGGGGCAGCUACUUGAGCACGGCAGGAUCGAGGAUGAAGCGGUGAUUCAGGUGUACACGCUACAGAUGCUCGACGGUCUCGUCUACUUGCAUUCUCAGGGCGUGGUGCACCGAGACAUCAAGCCAGACAACAUUCUCUUGGACCAUGAAGGAGUCAUCAAGUUCGUCGACUUCGGUGCUGCCAAAGUCCUGGCCAAGAACACCCGCACUGUACAGCGCUCCCGUCGGACGGGCUUCGUGGGCGGCGGUGCGGGCAACAUGGCUGGUAUGGUCGGUCCAGACGGCAAGCCCGUAGGUGCGGCAGCGGUGCAGUCGCUGCAAGGCACGCCGAUGUACAUGUCUCCCGAGGUGAUCAAGGGGGAAAACAAGGGCCGCCGAGGCGCAAUGGACGUCUGGUCCCUCGGAUGCGUCGUUCUGGAAUUUGCCACGGGACGAAGACCCUGGAGUCAACUGGACAAUGAGUGGGCCAUUAUGUUCCACAUCGGAAUGGCGCAACAGCACCCACCUCUCCCGGAGCCGGGUCAGCUGAGCGAACAAGGCAUAGAUUUUAUCCGACAGUGUCUCAUGAUCGACCCUUAUGACCGGCCUUCGGCGGCGGAGAUGCGUGAGCAUCCCUGGAUUCAAGACCUCGUAGAGCAACUCAACGCUGCCGCCAUCGAAGAGGAUGCCGCCUCGUCCAUGGCCGAUGGAGCGUCUUCUGUAGGCAUCAACAGCGUCGACUAUUCUGCCAGCGGUGCUGGUUCCGGUGGAGGUGGAGGGGCCGGUAGUGGCGGAGCAGGGGGUGGGAAUAGCGCCCUCUCUUCUCUGUCGUCAUCGACGGUGCCAAUCAUUUCUACACAGGGACACGAUAGCGCGGCAGGGGUGGCGGCAAUGGCGGCUACGCCUGCCACGAGGAGUAUCAAUAGCUUCAUUGCCAGCAGACCACCCACGGGCUUCUAAGGACAAGAGGAGGAGACGAGGAUUAGGGGAGCAGCGGUGCGGACAAAGGGUUCAUCCAGAACGGUAGAUGUUCUGAAUGGUGUAAGAAUUGAUAGUAGAGCCCAGUAAAGUAAAGGUAGACGGAGGCGCGUGUGGAACGGGUUGUGUUGUCAUCGCAAUAUGUACGAUUAAUCUCUAUCGCGCUGCAUCUCUCGUGGAAAGAUUACGCAUACAUUAUAGCCACAGCGUCAGGGACCACACAAUUGCAUCUAUCUACAUGAGACCAUCCACCACACCGACCUCGCCUCCACUCCCCAAUCUCAAUUCCCCACCGCCCUAUUCCUGUUCUGAACCGAGAC